CUGCAGUUAUUCUGGGAAUAGUCAUUGGUGUCGGUAACGCAAAAACAAAUAAAAAAAAAUCGUGAGUGAAGUGACAGAGAAUGUUAAAUAAGAUUAAAGAUUUAUUGGGUAUAGGGUGCAAGUUUAGUGAAGAUUUCAAUAAAUCUGCUGCUGGUAACUCCAAAUAUUACUCAGGAAAUAACAAUGCGUCCUCAAAAGAGGCUCAACUGCAAUGGCGCGGCAAUAGGAGCGUCAGUAACGGGAACACCCAAUGCAACGGAUCAUCCCGCGGGAGCUUCGGCAUGGGGAUCUUGGGGUCUGGGGACGGCGAAGGCGACGGUCCGGGGAAUACCGAAGGGGGUACAACAGGGCAGGACCAGUUGGAGGGACCCGGCUCAAUUGAGGAUGACGCUAUUCACCUCAAGAGACGGGUGGGACUCAUCAGUGGGGUGGCUUUAAUUGUCGGGACUAUGAUUGGAUCUGGAAUUUUCGUUUCUCCGUCUGGACUUCUAGAAAGGACAGGAUCAGUCGGGAUGAGUUUCGUGAUAUGGAUGGCAUGUGGAUUAUUAUCCUUAUUAGGGGCUUUGGCGUACGCCGAAUUAGGUACGAUGAACACCUCUUCAGGUGCAGAAUACGCUUAUUUCAUGGACGCUUUCGGUGCUCCUCCGGCUUUUCUCUUCUCGUGGGCCAGUACUCUCGUAUUGAAACCGUCGCAGAUGGCGAUCAUCUGCUUGAGUUUCGGGAAAUACGCCGUCGAGGCUUUCGUUACCGAAUGCGAACCACCGGAAAUUGUUGUCAAAAUGGUGGCCUUGCUGGCAAUGGUUGUCAUUUUGUAUAUAAACUGCUACAGUGUUAAUUUGGCGACGAGUGUUCAGAACGUCUUCACCGCAGCUAAACUCGUAGCAGUCCUAAUUGUUGUUUUGGGGGGAGCCUACAAAAUGAUUGAAGGAAAUACUCAACAUUUAAAAGAACCUUUCAAAAAUACGCAAUAUUCGAUAGGGAAUAUAGCAACUGCAUUUUAUACGGGAUUAUGGGCAUACGACGGCUGGAAUAACUUAAAUUACGUCACUGAAGAAAUUAAAAAUCCCUCCAGGAACUUACCACGUAGUAUAGUAAUCGGCAUCCCUUUAGUAACGAUUUGUUAUGCCCUUAUAAAUAUUUCUUAUUUAACGGUGAUGUCACCUAUCGAAAUGAUUACCAGCGAAGCUGUGGCUGUCACAUUUGGUAAUAGAGUGUUAGGUAUUAUGGCGUGGUUAAUGCCUCUAUCGGUUACAAUAUCGACUUUCGGUUCGGCAAACGGGACACUUUUCGCCGCUGGUCGGCUGUGUUUCGCCGCUAGUCGAGAAGGACACUUGUUAGAUAUUUUAUCUUAUGUGCACAUAAGAAGAUACACGCCAUCGCCUGGUCUAAUUUUCCACUCAUUAAUAGCGGGCGCGAUGGUGAUUUAUGGUACGAUAGAUUCCUUGAUAGAUUUCUUCAGCUUUACCGCUUGGAUUUUCUAUGGUGGAGCCAUGGUUGCAUUGAUUGUUAUGAGAUAUACAAAACCUAAUUACCCCAGGCCCUAUAAGGUGCCGAUUAUCAUUCCUUAUUUGGUAUUAGUGAUUUCCGUGUACCUGAUAAUAGGCCCAAUUGUCGAUAAGCCUACAAUCGAGUACCUGUAUGCCACUUUUUUCAUUUUGGGGGGAAUGAUCUUCUACAUUCCUUUCGUACAUUACAAAUUACGGAUACCAUUUAUGGAUGGCGUGACCGUAUUUUUGCAAAUGUUACUUGAAGUGGCGCCGACGUCGACCAUGUUGGAAUGAAGAGGCUAGUAAAUAACAGAUUAAUAGCUAAUGUGCUCAAUAUGCGUAGUUUUAGUAUUUUACCUAAAGUCAUGGUUACAAAAUUUGAAAACAAAAAAUCUUCUUUUAGCCCAAAUUUUUUAAAACACAGCUGUGAGUGUCUCGAUUAGUAUAUUUAGUAAAAGUUUCGCGAAAUAAAAUUGCACGAAUCAUUCCGAUUUUAUGAGGAUUGUCUACGGGGUGCAACGUAGAUUUCCUCGAAUUAUUUAUUUAAAAGGCACACGAAAAAUAUGUGAAAAUAGUAUAAAUGUGGCGCAUUUAUUUUUAUUUGCCAUACCACGUGGAACUAUUACUGUGAAUUGUGUUUAUAUCACGAAAAAAAAAUUCACAUAUUCCUGUACGUGUCUAAAUAAAAGUCUGAUAUUUUUUAUACUUAAUGUAACCAUGAUUAUAUGAAAAAAAUAUUGCAAAUGGAAAAUAUGUUCAUGGUAAUAUACAGUAUGUCUAAAAAAGUUGAUAACAUUAAUAAUAACCAGUUUACUUUUUAGGACUUACUGUAUAUACUCUUGUCAUUCCUUACCUAAAACAUCGUUAAUUAUUUGAUAUUUAUUUUUCAAGUAAAUUUAUAUUUUUUUAUUUGCCAUCGUUAAAAAAAAUAUCUAAAACGAAUAUUUUGCAAUGACGAAAUUAAUUACAUAUCUAGUUAUUUUAUAAAUUAUUUUUCCAAAAAAAAACAGAACGAGUAUUAAUAUAAACGAAAUGUUGCCAAAUGAAAAAAAAAAUAGAAAAAUGUUGCCCAUAUAGUAAAUAAUAAAAAUUUCUUGAAUGUACA